UUCAUUCCACGCUUUUUCUUCAGUCUCCUUUCGCUCUCGAGCAAACACACAACCACAACACACAACCACCCUCCCCUCACAACACUCACUUUUAAUCACAAUGGCUGGUGGCAAAUCCGCAUCUGGCAAGGCCGGUAUCUCCGCUUCGGCCGGACCCAAGUCGCGCUCGAGCAAGGCUGGCAUCCAGUUCCCUGUCGGCCGUAUCCACCGUCACCUGCGUCGCGGCAACUACGCCCAGCGCAUUGCCGCCGGUGCCCCCGUCUACCUGGCCGCCGUCCUCGAGUACCUGACCGCCGAGAUCCUCGAGCUGGCCGGUAACGCUGCCCGCGACAACAAGAAGACCCGUAUCAUCCCCCGUCACCUGCAGCUCGCCAUCCGCAACGACGAGGAGCUCAACAAGCUGCUCGGCAACGUCACCAUCGCCCAGGGUGGUGUCCUGCCCAAUAUCCACGCCACUCUCUUGCCCCAGAAGUCCAAGAAGGCCAACCCCUCCCAGGAGCUCUAAUUUUUUUCUUCACUCUGUAAUAUAAAAGAACUUAAAAUCAUAUUCUGUUUGCUCGCAUAUUUGCAUUGUCAAGCAUCUUGAUGAAAUCGAGUAUUGUACUUGUUUUGCAGCUGUUUUGUGAGCCUUACUGCCUCCGAUUUAGGGCUUGCCGGAUUCACAUCGUCUCGUUUCGGUUGUGCGCAUCUUAUUGGCCAGUUUUUUGCAUACUGCUCCGCUGAUCGUCCCCGCCCUCCGGGUUGCGAUUAAA